AUGUCUCUUACCUGGAAACGUCUAAUUCGCUUCGAGGCCAUUGAUGGCCGUAUCCUACGCGGAGAGCCUUUGUUGCCCAAGAACAAAGAGAUCGAUCUUGGAUCUAAGGUGCUUGUCGGAGAUGAUAUUUACGAUGUCACAGGCAAGACCAAAUUGUCAGCGGAGACGGCAUUGGUCAAGAAAAUCCUGUCGCCAUUGGCCCAGAGCGAUGUGCCUAUCUUGCGCUGCGUUGGUCUGAACUAUGCCAAACACAUCAAAGAGUCAGGACGCAAGCCCCCCACGUUCCCCUUCAUUUUCUUCAAACCCACCACCACUAUUCAAGACCAUGGUGAACCUGUGGUGAACCCUAAGAUUGCGCAAAACGACCAGGCCGACUACGAAGGAGAGUUGUGUAUCGUGAUUGGAAAAGAUGCCAAGGACGUCCCGGUGGAAGAGGCCCUGAACUAUGUCGCCGCUUAUACUGCUGGAAAUGACGUUUCCUCCAGAAAGCUCCAGCGAGACCCUGCCUACGCUGGUGUUGUUCCGCAGUGGGGCUUCUUUAAGGGCUUCAACACUUUCGCCCCUGUCGGUCCAGUGCUAGUAGCCGCCUCGGAAAUAGCAGACCCAAGCCAGCUACAGCUGAAGACCAUUAUUGAUGGUGAAGUCCGUCAAGAAGAGGGUGUCUCCGAUCUUCUAUUCGAUUGCAAGUAUCUGAUUUCAUACUUGUCUCAGGGUACUACCCUGCAGAAAGGCAGUGUCAUCAUGACUGGGACUCCCGGUGGUGUCGGUAUUGGCUUGACCCCUCCCAAGUACUUGGUUCCUGGAACCCAGAUGGAUGUGUUUAUUUCAAAAAUUGGCACCUUGCGAAAACAACGUUGUCUUUGCUUAAAUGCUGGACAUGCCUCGAACCAGAUUAUACCAUAG